GGACCCUGGGCUCCAGAAUGGCUACGACACGUACGAUCGGAACUACAACUAGGCGGACGCCUAUCCAGGACAUGGUGUACGUCGACUGGCAAGAGAGAGUGCAAAGCAAAGGAAUUGACAAAACAGAAGAGUUCAAGAUCGAGACGCUGCUCACAUCUGAUGUAGAGGUCGCCUCAUGGUCUGGUCAUGGGCUGCCGACUGACGAGCUCUAUGUUCACAUGCUUAGAGACGUUCAAGUUGAACUUUCAUAUGUCAUUGCUGAAUGGCGUUUGCCAGUGCACCGCAGUGCCGCGGCAUCACGUGUUUUUCCCAGGAACGGCAUCCUGGGCACCAGAUCAGCUCGCUGGCCUUUGUGUGUGGAUCUGCAGAUGCAGAUUGUCACAUGGUUGAAGAGGAAGGAGGAGAAGGCUGGCACGCAGUACUUGACGCACCAGUUGGAGCCCAAUGCCAAGACCAUGGCUCAGGAGUCCACCAUGUACCCGCGCCUUUGUGACAAGAUUGAGGACGGCGGCCUCGGCUUCGUGGAGCCCGCUUGGGCGGUUUGUUCCCCGUCCGCAGGCGCGGUGGAGACAGGCAGGGCGGUCGAUGCGGACAGGCGCAGCGCUUCGCUGAGCGCAUUGAAGGCCGCCUUGGAGGACGGCGUGAAAGGCUUCGACGCUGAGCUGCGCCAGCUUUGGACACGCGUCCUAUCCGAGGUUGCCGCUGUAGCCAAGGCCAUAGAAAAAUCCAAGUUGGAAGCCAUGCUGGCGGAGCGGAAGGGGCACAUUGAGAGCCUGGAGCGCCAGUACACGAUGAAGGCGCGGCGGGGCGCCGAAGCGGCGCUGGUUGCGCAAUUCGCAGCAUCUCAGAAGGAAUCUCGAGACGAGGAGCUGCUGUGCACCCCAAGACCAGCUUUCAAGAAGACAGGUGCGCAAGCGUGUCUGGAAAAGCUUGGGUGA